CAGUCCCGGAAGCGGCUCCGGGAAGCUGCCCAGCGCGCGCCGCGGGAGGAAGCGCAGCCUGGUCCGCUCGGGUCGGGUCCGGCUGGGCCAUGGAGCCGUUGGCUGAGCCCGCUCCCCGGCCCGGGCCUGGGCCCCGCUGUGUCCUGCUUCUCCCCCUGCUGCUGCUGCUGCUGCUGCUGCUGCUGCUGCCCGCGCCGGACCUGGGCCCGAGGCAGGCCCAGGCCGAGGAGACCGACUGGGUUCGACUGCCCAGCAAAUGCGAAGUGUGUAAAUAUGUCGCCGUGGAGCUGAAGUCAGCCUUCGAGGAGACUGGCAAGACCAAGGAGGUGAUUGACACUGGCUAUGGCAUCCUGGACCGGAAGGCCUCCGGAGUCAAGUACACCAAGUCCAUCUCAGAGCCCCCAGACCAGAUGACCUAUCUUCCUUCCAGCUCUGACCUCCCGUUGGGGGGAACUCAGUCCCUCUUGUGCUGCUGUCUCGGCAGGGACUUGCGGUUAAUCGAAGUCACUGAGACCAUUUGCAAGAGGCUCCUGGACUACAGCCUGCACAAGGAGAGGACCGGCAGCAACCGCUUUGCCAAGGGCAUGUCAGAGACCUUUGAGACGCUGCACAACCUCGUACACAAAGGGGUCAAGGUGGUGAUGGACAUCCCCUACGAGCUGUGGAACGAGACCUCUGCAGAGGUGGCCGACCUCAAAAAGCAGUGCGACGUGCUGGUGGAAGAGUUUGAGGAGGUGAUCGAGGACUGGUACAGGAACCACCAGGAGGAGGACCUCACUCAGUUCCUCUGCGCCAACCACGUGCUGAAGGGCAAGGACACCAGUUGCCUGGCAGAGCAGUGGUCUGGCAAGAAGGGGGACACAGCCGCCCUGGGAGGGAAGAAGUCCAAGAAGAAGAGCAGCAGGACCAAGGCUUCGGGCAGUGGCAGCAAACAGAGGAAGGAGCUGGGGGACCUCGAGGGAGACCCCAGCCCCGAGGAGGAUGAGGGCAUCCAGAAGGCAUCCCCGCUCACACACAGCCCCCCUGAUGAGCUCUGAGCCUAACCCAGUGCCCCUGUACCAAGAGCCGUGACCGGGCAGCUGAAGAGCUGGGGCAUGGCUCCAGCAGGCAGAGACAGCUCUCCUGGCCUUGGGGCCUCCCUGCCUCAGCUGUGCCCUCUUCCUCACGGGGACAGACACGAGCUGGGAAGAACUCAGAUGGGCUGCCAUCAGCACGCGCUGGCCUUUUCCCUCUGCUGAGCGUUUCUCUCCUGACCCAGGCUUCAGGCAGGCCGUGCGAUUUCAGGCCUGCCAGGGGUGCUGGUGUGAACGCAGGAGGGGCAGGUGUCGAGCUGGACCCCAGGACUGGAGCCUUCUGGAGCCCUGCAGAGGUCACACCUGGCCUUCACCUCCCCUCACUCCUCCCCUACAGGGAAGCAAGAUUGCAGGCCCCAACUCCUCCUCUCUGCUCACCCCCUCCUGUGGACACCUUGUGCUCUGCCCGGCCCUCCCCAGGGCUCACAGAGUAAAAACCUUUUGGUCUUUUUUGUUCCGA